AUGUCUCAAGAAUAUCAACAACAUCCUUUUCCACCAACUUUUCAAAGUGAACGCUCAUGGAGUAUGCUUGCCAAUGACUUUGAUGAUGAUAAACCACAACAUUAUUAUCCUUCCCAAGCCUCUGACAGGUCAUGGAGCGUGCUUGGUUCGCAAGAUAUUAGCGAUCGAAAUCAUGGCUUAAGUACUUAUGGUUACGUUGCUGAUGAUAUUAAUUCGGCAAAUUCAGCAAGAUCGAUUGUUCAAGACUAUAUUGACCAACAACAACAAAUUUCGGCUGAAAGAACUCCAACAAUUCCUUCUUCAUUUCCUGAACCGGAAUUUGUUCCAUCGAUUACUUCGUCAACUAAGGAAUUUUUGUACGAAACAUUUAAGUAUGAAAGACAAAAUGAUAAAGAUAUUGCCGGUCGUCCUAACGAAUAUGUUGAUGAUGAUUGUUCGGACUGUCCUCCACCACCAUCGGACUUAGAUCUGUCAGUUAAUAGUCAGAUUAACCUUUCUCAAUCCCAAACCGAAAGUAAUUCUUGGAGAAUUGGCUAUCUUUCAGGUAAAUUUAUCGUGUCCUCUACUAUAUCGGAGUCAACAUCACUUACUUUGAAAUAG